AUGAGCAAGUUAAGCGCCUUUUUUGAAAAAAAGAAGAAGAAAGUAACUAAAGUUACAGCUCCACCUGAGCUGACGCAGGUGGCUGAGAAAACAGAAGAGCCCACUGCCGAGGAUGCCGCAGGAUGGAGCUUGGAGCCUCAACAGGAAGCAGCCUGGGCUGCACCUGCCCCCAGCCCAGCAUCAGGCGGUGAGGGGAGUCUGGGUACUUCACUGAAGGUCAGUGCAGUGGGAGCAUACGAAAUUGAGAGCAAGAAAGACAAGAGCUGGAGCACUAUGAAGAAGCUGGAGGAGGAGCAGCGCAGGGGUUUGCAGGAGCUUCGAGAGCAGGAAGCCCGGGAGUUACUGCUACAACAACAGCAGGAACAGGGGAUUGAAGUGCAGCAAGAUACAGUCACUGACGCUCCUAAGCCUCAAGAAAUGACACCUCCAAAAGAGGAAGAACCGAAGCUAUGGGUCUCAGCACGUGUUCUGCGGUCUGCAGAAGGCGGUGGACUGCUGAGGAGGGGAAGGGGGGCCCCGGUGCCGUCUUUCGACGAUGACCCUGACCUGGCGACGGCAGUUCAGAUGGUUAACACAAAACAGCAGCCGCAGCAUCCGGGGAAAAAGCAGCAAAACACACGCAAGAGCCCCUCAGAGCCGAACGACGAAAGCCCCUUGAGCACUUCGCCAUCGACGAAGUGCGAUGAGCAGCAGCAGCAGCAGCAUGGCAUCAGCAACAUCAGUGACUCUGAGACCUCAAUCGCAGGCCCUGCAGCAUUCGUCUUCGACGUACAGAAAUAUGUUUCAUUCGACGGACUGGCUGGCGUUACUUCCCCCCUUAACGCCGAGCUUGUCAGACGCAAAUAUGAAAACAGACCCUCAUGGACCACACUGACAGUAGCGCAGGCUUAG